UUAAGCUUUAUUGGGAUGUUAAAAUGCUUCGAAGUUGUUGAGCCGUAUUGCCCUGAGAGGGUACUUAGGCAGUUUGGACGUGUACAGACAAUUCCAAAGGCACCGUGUGUCCUUCCUCGAAGCACAAAAGCAACUCAUGCAUCAGUUAACAAGUUAUUAUAUGAAUACAUAGAUGGGAUGUGGGAUGGGUGGCAGAAUCACGUCUUGCAUCAAAAUAACCGAAGCAGCCCAGUUAGCAUUGCAUCAGAUGUUGUCUCAGGGUACUUGGACUGGUACCACAAAGUAUCUCAUCCUUAUGUUCACAACCCAGCACAUAGUACUUCCUCAUUUGACCCACAAUAUACAUCACACACGUCAUACUAUCAGGAUCGUGUGCAACGUAUCCUGAACAUCACUAGGCGUAUAGUGGACAUGGGGAAGGAAGUUGCAUUGAGAGAUUUCCCUGAUGAUGUCUACAACGCAGUUGAGAGCAUACAAAAUCUUUUAGAGGGUAGAAGUUCGGAUGGAUGACUAUGCGUAAGAACUCAUCAGAUUUGCUAAGUAAGCAUCUAAAACUGUAUUUGGAAUCACACCCAGUUACUUAUGGCACAAAAAUACAAUGCGAUGAGAGUGAUAUUUUCACCGUAAAAAUCUUUCUGUAUGCGCUUUACAUUCCAUAUAGAAACCUGCACAAAAUCAAACCAGAAAAAAAUCAACCUUCGAAACUAAGAAUGAGAUUUCGAGGAAACAAAGUGUCCGGGAAUUCUUUUUUUGCACUUACGGUUGAAAUAAUCUGAAAGCAGGGUUGAUGCAUCCAGUUAUGAAGCAGUAGACUCAGAGGGAAUGUCAGCACUAUGUACAAUAAGCCCAAGGAAAAAGAGAGCCUACAAGUUUAAGGGAGGUACUCCAAAGUAAUCACGGAUUGUUUUCCUUUUUAGGGAGGAGGGAGGGUUCAGAACAGAAGACGGGCUCUCAGAUGCAGCUUCGGGGGUCUUCUCGAAGGUCUUGCUAAAGUCAGGAUCCGACAUGGAUUGUUUCUUCUGUGACGGGGGAGUACUCAUUUUGGGCAUACUAAUCGGAUUUAGUGAGUUGGUUUCGUCUAAUCCUUCAUCUGACGGACACAAAUUUCUGGAAACCUUUGAGGUAUGCAUCGUUGAUUCACUCAUCAGAAGCUUUCUACACUCAGCGCUUGGGAUUGCCAUAACUCUUCUUCGAACGGUAGAUGGUGAGCUUGUGCUUGGGGAGUAACUUUUCUGAGAGUUCCAAAUGCGAACCUAUCGAGAUGAAAUAUACAGGUGAAAAGUUGAAUCUAAAACGUUAUAGAAAAUGGCAAAUGCAUUGUGUGAAUUGAUGAAUGUACAAUCUUAUAUAUGAACUGUGACUCUGUCUUGCAUACCGUAAAA